UAAUGUAAGAAGGAAAGAAAGAGCUUAAAUUAAUUAUAGUUGGAGAUGGAGCUAUUGGCAAGACUUGUGCUUUGUAUAGUUAUGUUAAUGAUAAAUUUCCUACUGAAUAUGUGCCUACAGUUUUCGAUAAUACAGUAACUCAAGUUUAAAUUAAUGGAGAAUUUUAUGAUUUGUCAUUAUGGUAUUUAAUAUAUAAAACAUUUUAUUAGGGAUACUGCUGGACAAGAAGGUUAUGAACACUUAAGAUAAGUAUGUUAUUAAGGAACAGACAUCUUUUUAGUUUGCUUCUCUUUAGUGAGUGAUGUUAGUUUUGAAAAUGCUAUUAAGAAAGUAAUCAAUUUUAUCAACUUAAGUGGCUUCCAGAAAUCACAUUAUAUAAUAAAAAUGGAUACAUUAUGUUCUUAGGAUUAAAAAAAGAUUUAAGAGAUCCCAAAAAUCCAAAUCAUAUAUAAACCUAAGUUGCAGAAACAACUAUUAAGAAAUUAGGUUAUCAAUUAAGAGAGACAAGUGCUAUGACUUAAGAAGGAUUAAAAGAAGCCUUUUCAUUUUCAAUAUAAAGUUUAAUUACAUAAAGACAAGAAUAAGUUAAAACAAAAAAACCUAAGAAAUCAAGUUGUUAAUUGAUUUGA